CUGCGGCUCAAUUUACCCAAUACCAGCGGAGACACCAUGGGAGGCAAGCUGAGCAAGCGGAAGAAGGGGUACGAUGUCAGCGACCCAAAGGACAAGAAGGAGGAGAUUACUGUGGCUGCAGUGAGUGCCGUUGAGGCCGUGACCCAUGUUGUGGAGAGCAAAGCACCAGCUCCGGUCGCUGAGUUGGCAGCGAAGACUGCUCCUAAGGUGUCUGCUGCGGUGGAGGGAGCAGUGGAGUCGACAGUGGUAGCCAUCACAGAAGCGACAGAAGAGGCACUGUCAGCUAUAGAGGCCGUGGCCAAGGGGGCCACCGCAGAGGCAGCGGCUGUACCAGAUGAACCUGUGCCAGCAGCAGAAGAACCAGUGGCUUCAGAAGAACCAGCCACAGCACCAGAGGACCCAGCACCAGCUGCAGCACCAGAAGAACCUGCAGCCCCAGAAAAGCCAGGGGCGGCACUGGAAGAACCUGCGCCAGCAGCAGAAGAACCGGUGGCUUCAAGAGAACCAGCUGCAGCACCAGAGGACCCAGCGCCAGCUGCAGCACCAGAAGAACCUGCAGCCUUAGAAGAGCCAGUGGCAGCACAGGAAGAACCUGCAGCAGUAGCAGAGGAACCAGCCACAGCUCCAGAAGAGCUUGCAGCUCCAGAAGAGCUUGCAGCUCCAGAAGAGCCCGUGGCAGCACCGGAAGAACCUGCAGCAGCUGAGGAACCAGCAGCAUCACCAGAGGAACCUGCGGCAGCACCAGAGGAACCUGCAGCAGCAACAGAUAAAACAGAGGCACCGGAAGAACCAGCGGCACUAAAGGAACCAGCGGCUGCACCAAAAGAGCCUGCAGUGGAAGAGCCUGUACCAGAAGAGCCUGUACCAGAAGAGCCUGCAACAGCACCAAAAGAACCUGCACCAGAAGAGCCUGCAGCAGUCCAAAAACAACCUGCACCAGAAGAGCCUGCAGCAGCACCAAAAGAGCCUGCAGUGGAAGAGCCUCCAUCAGAAGAGCCUGCGGCAGCACCGAAAGAGCCUGCACCAGAGGAGCCUGAGGCAGCACCAAAAGAGCCUGCACCAGAAGAGCCUGUACCAGAAGAGCCUGCAACAGCACCAAAAGAACCUGCACCAGAAGAGCCUGCAGCAGCCCAAAAACAACCUGCACCAGAAGAGCCUGCAGCAGCACCAAAAGAGCCUGCAGUGGAAGAGCCUCCAUCAGAAGAGCCUGCGGCAGCACCGAAAGAGCCUGCACCAGAGGAGCCUGAGGCAGCACCAAAAGAGCCUGCAGCAGAAGAGCCUGUGGCAGCCUCUGUGGAGCUAGCUGCAGCACCAGAAAAGGCUUCUGAGGCUACAGAACAAGCCACAGAGGUGACAGCAGAGAUUACAGACACUACAGAACCAGAGCCUGCCGCUCCAGAGCCUGAAACAGAGACUGUUACAGGGAAGGCCCCAGAACCUGAGGCUGUGGUCGAGGCACCAGUAGAGGCAGAAGCAGCUUCACCCGCCCCGGAGGAGGCGCCUGCAUCAGUUGCAGAAGCCGUGUCAGAGUCAGCCACAGAGGCAGCCGCAGAGCCAGAGGCAGAUUCCAUCCCACAACCAGCUGCUGAAGAGCUCCCCCUACCUGUAGAAGAAGCCGUAGCAGAGCUUGAAUCUGAAGCUGCUGAUGCAGUAACUGAAGCAGCAGAGCCAGACGCUGCCGACAUCGCAGAACCCAUCCCGGAGAUCAUCAUUUCAGAAUCUGCUGUACCUGCUGCUGCAGAGGAGGCCAGCGCUGAGCAAGAGGAGGCUGUGCUGGACAACAAGGAAGUUGUUUCCUCAGUGGAGGCUACUGCUGAGCCUUCUGCCCCUGAGGUCAAUGGGGAGUGUCAGGAGCAGGCGGUCGAGCCGGCUGCCGUGUCUGCCCCGGAGCCACAGCAAAAGGAAUGUGUCAAUGGCAUUGACAAGCCAGAGGAUGCCGUUGAGGUGCAAAGUUACUGCGAAUUAAAAAAGAACUUGAACCUGCCUGGCGACAUCCAGAUUCCUGAGGCAAUCGGUGAGGCAAUAAGUCAGGCUGUAGACUUGGUCUGACGCUAAUAUAAAUGUGAUGUACCUAAUGAUCCGAAAAAACCUCCAACACAAGCUUCUGAAGAUAAAUAUAAAAAUGUCUGUUGUGGCAAACGAGUUUCCGAUUAACCAAAAGGAAAUACAACCACUCAAGUGUAGAGAGGGGGAGUGAGAUACAUGUAGGAAGAGAUGUGAGACAUGGAUGCAGUGUGCCCCACUGAGUCUUUGUGCCCCACAUGUCAUUGUAGAGGGGCAGCCUGUGUUUGCAGCAUUUGUGGUGAGAUGAAAGCCAGCGAAAUUUGAGGGAUGAGUAUAGGAAAACUGGACAACAGAGCAAAGAAACGUGACAUUGGAAAUGUUGAAUGGAAUGAAUAGUCUUGUCUUUGUGUGUGAGGCUGAUGAAUAUUAAAACUGUUUUUUUGGAAUUAGCAUUCAAUAGUGAUCUAAUUUAGACUUUCACAUAUCCUUUCCUUAACUAUAUGAAAAAAUAAUGGAUGAAAAGUUUUGGCCUUUUAUAGUGGUGCAAACAUUGAGGAAUGUUCAUUGAUGGCUUGGAGAAUAAAAAAAGACUGUUAUACCUGA